CUUUCCUCAUAUUGCAACUUCCGGUAAAACUUCAGCGAAAAUAUGACGGGCACGUUAGACAAUGCAAAUCCGACAGUUUAUGAGGCGAGCAAAGAAAGACAGACCACUCCUGACGACGAAAAUGACGAUAUAGUUGACAAGUUCGAUAACAGAGAGGUUUUCGAUCUGAUUCGUAAUAUCAAUGAUCCUGAACAUCCACUAACUUUAGAAGAAUUGAAUGUUGUGGAAAACUCCAAAGUGAAGGUUGAUGAUGACAACGGCUAUGUGGCAAUUGAGUUCACGCCCACCAUUCCUCACUGCAGCAUGGCCACGCUGAUCGGUCUGUCUAUCAGGGUCAAACUUCUGCGUGCCUUACCCACACGAUUCAAGGUUGAUGUUACAAUCACUCCUGGAAGUCAUGCCUCAGAGGAAGCAGUCAACAAGCAGUUAGCAGAUAAGGAGAGAGUGACAGCAGCCUUGGAGAAUAGCCAUCUCCUGGAGGUGGUCAACCAGUGUUUGGCCACCAGAGGAACAUGACCAACUGGACAUGAUGUUUAAUCGUAAUAUAAACAUACCUGCAACUGGACAGUGGUCAAGACAUUGUUAAGAAAAGAUAGUGAAACUCAGUCACUGUUGGAAUUGGAAAAUUUUGAUAUGACCAAGUAUCACUGAGGCUCUUUCAGAAAUAUUUUAACCCACAUAAAAUGAGUUAAAUUUACUGCAAAAUGUUAAGAAAACCAUGUAGAUCUCCUAAAAUGACAUUAUUCUGACAAGUGUUCUGUUCAACAAGUAUGAAUUUUGUAUAUAUACAUUUAAAAAUGCUUGUAUUUCCAUCUGAUGAUCUGUUUAACAUGGGAAAAAUGACUCAAGUUUCCGGUGUAUUUUUAGUCUCUGUCCAGAUAAGAUAAUUAUCAACUUCAGGAACAUGCUCAAGAUCAUUUUUCCAUUUUCACUCUAUGUUCCUCUAAAAGCAUUACCAGAAAAAAAUUGUGGUCAUAGAGCUUUGAAUGCAAUUUGAUCUGUGUCAUUUUGAUGCUUAUCCUCCCACCUCAAAUAACAGGAGACAACUGUUAGAAGCAAACAUUUUGGUAAUGUGAGGCUGUUCCAGGAAUCUUGUUUGCACUGAUCAUGAAGACACAGACAUAUGGAUAUCGAAAAUAUAAAAGAAUAUCUAUAUUUAGAUCAAUUAUAACAAUAAAAAUUAGAAAGUAAAUAUAUGUUUUUAACAACAUUUUGCAAUGUUAUGCUGGUAUGAAUGCAAAUUGGUUACAAUAAUACCAUGAAGCCCUACCAUGCAUGCUUCAUGGUAAAUACUGAUACCAUAUUUUCUUCUGUUGUAUUUCUAAGUCCUUUUUGUGUAAAUGUUGAGAGUAGGGCUGUGAUAAUGUUCCUGUACUGGUAUACGUUUCUGAUGUGCCAAGCGUCCAGUUUAUUGUACUUGUAUUUCAUUGAUUUCCAAAUGAUAGUUGUUAAAAUUCAAAACUAAAAGAAUGAAAACAUUUUUAGAUAACGUUUAUAUCGUAAAAUUAAAAUGAACAUGGUUACGAAAGUGAGAAAUGCAUGUGCUGAGGGUUUUGUAAACUGAAUUUUCAUUUUACGAAAAUUAAUGUGAUCUUUGUGUUGACAAUAAAUUUUAAAAAAAGGUUCAGAAA